AUGGAAUUCGAAUACCGCACAAUAUGCCGUGGUGAUAGAUCAAUUUUUGGGAGGCUCAAAAAGGCUGGCAUUCAAAAUCCGGAAGAAUACAUAUCUUUUUAUGCUUUACGUGCCUAUGAUAAAAUUGAUUCUGAAGCGGUUAAAAAAGCAAAGGAUAAAAUUAUAGAUAGAUUGAGCCGUGAUUCGAAAUUAAGCAGCCAACUUUACCCGAUUAUAAGUAAUAUUAAAAACCCAAUUGUCACAGAACAAAUCUAUAUUCAUUCUAAACUUAUGAUUGUAGAUGAUCAGAUUGUUAUCUGCGGAUCUGCUAACGUAAAUGAUAGAUCGCAAUUAGGAAUGCAUGACUCAGAAAUUGCAGCGAUCAUUAGGGAUAAUGAUAAAGUUGACUCGAAAUUAGCAGGAAAACCUAUCAAAGCUAGUAGAUUUGCAGUAUCGCUAAGAAGAUAUUUAUUUAAAGAACAUCUAGGAUUGCUUCAUGUUUCUGAAAAUCAUUUGUCUGAGGUUACUUCCUACAGCUAUCCCCCACCAUUACACAUUAAAAAUGGAUCUCAACGUCUUCAAACAGAUGAAGAAAAAAAAUUAGAAGACCCUGCUAGUGAUGAAUUUUUUGUUUUCUGGAAAGGCAUAGCUGAAAAAAAUACAAAGAUUUUUAAAGAUGUUUUUCACUGUUUACCUGAUGACGAUGUUAAAACAUGGGAUGAUUAUCAAAAUUUUGUUCCCGAUCCAAAAAAAAUUCCGUUAGGACAUGUAUAUGAUCCAGAUAAAAUUUCAGAAUUGGAAAACAUUAAAGGUCACUUAGUUCACUACCCUUAUAGAUUUCUAGAAGAAGAAGAAGUUUCAACUUUGAAAAAGAUUGAAACUCUUAAUGAUUUAAGAGAUGACUUCAAAGAACUUGAAUUUGCUGUUGAAAGCGAACUGAUUGGAAAUUUGGCUACGUCAUCUGAACAUGCUGCUGCGUUUGCCGGAUAA